GGCAAGGGCGGCGCCAAGCGCCACCGUAAGAUUCUCCGCGACAACAUUCAGGGCAUCACCAAGCCCGCCAUCCGCCGUCUGGCGCGUCGUGGCGGUGUCAAGCGUAUCUCUGCCAUGAUCUACGAGGAGACCCGCGGUGUCCUCAAGUCCUUCCUCGAGGGUGUCAUCCGUGACGCCGUCACCUACACCGAGCACGCCAAGCGCAAGACGGUCACGUCGCUCGACGUCGUCUACGCCCUCAAGCGGCAAGGCCGCACCCUCUACGGCUUCGGCGGCUAA